AUGAAUAGAUUAGCAAACUCAGAUUCCAUUCCUACUGAUCUUAUUUACGAGAUACUCUCGAGAUUGCAUGCAAAGUCAAUUGCGAGGUUUCGGUGCGUGUCGAAGCUAUGGAAGUACAUGCUUUGCCAGCCAUAUUUCACCAAGUUGUUCCACACCAAUUCGUCGUCUAACCCACGUCUCUUAAUUGGGGUCGUACAAGGUGGUGAGUGGAGUUUCUUCUCGUCGCCUCAGCCUAAGAAUCAUUAUGAGAAUUCGUCUUGUGUAGUAGCCGCCGAUUUUCAUAUGAAGUUUUCUAGAGUCGAUGGUGAAUUGUUUUAUCAAAUUCUAACAUUAGGAACUGAAAAUAUGAGGUGGAGGGAGAUCGAAUUUCCCUCCUUCUCUGGUCUUGUUUCGGAAAUGAUAUGCAUCAAUGGGGUUUUGUAUUACAUUAAUCAUAAAACUAUAGGUUGCUUUGAUGUUAGGUCUGAGAAAUUCAAGUUUCUAAAUCAAAACCCAGACUGCCUUACUAGUUGGUCUACUAAAAUGAUAAACUAUAAGGGUAAAUUUGGUGUUAUUAAUUUGGAAGAUAAUUAUGCUCGUGGAUUUCCCCUUAAGUUGCGUAUAUGGGUUCUAGACAAUGUCGAGAAACAAGAAUGGACGACAUAUGCCUACACUUUGAGGGCUGAGAAUAUAGUCAAGGAUAAAAGCUAUAUUUAUGUUGUUGGGGUGACUGCUUCAGGUGAAAUUGUUUUGGCAAAAAUGAAUGCAUAUAAACCGUUUUAUGUUUUUUACUUUAAUCCCGAAAAGAACACUCUCCAAAGUGUUGAAAUCCAAGGUGUUAGAGAAGAAGAUGAAUGGUUUUACGAUCAUAGAGUUUACUACUUUGUAGACCAUGUCGAGGAUCUUAGGUUUGAUGUUAUGAAGACAACGUAUGCUGCAACAUCGAUAAGCCCACCAGAACAUAACACAUCAACAUCAUCUAGAGAAGAUCAUCAAGUGAGGACCGUUGCUCAUCGUCAUAGAUUUGAGAGCGUUAACAAAUUUGAUGCAUUGUGUCUUUUAGAAGAUGAUUGAAAUUUACAGGUAUUAAAACCUGAUUGCUUACCUUACUCCUCAAGUCAGCUGAAAAAGCUCUCUAUUUGAUGCAAGUUGUAUUAGUAUAUAUUCUCCCUCUGUAAACAUUCAUAAG